GCUUGCGCUCUGUUUGUGAGGUAGAGAGUUGCGUGCGAAGAGCUCGACAUGUCAUUCAGAGGAAUCCGCCACCUGAAACGCGAGGAAGUGAAGGCGACUCAAUUGGGUAUAAAGCAUCAGCCAACAUCUGCCCCGAGCAGUGUAAAGCUGAUGAAAACAUCAGCUCGGAGCUCGCACAGGACCUCUCCGAUUGAUUUUACUUCCCUUGGAUUUAUCAUUUGGCAUUAACGCGUCGGUGCACACGGGGAGACGCAUCUCUUUUCUGCACUUAAAGUGAAUGUGAACAACCAACACUAUACUGGAAUUAACUGAUAACCGCCGGGAUUUUGGCGCACCUGUUACCUCCACGGAGCGCAAGAUCAUGAUCCCUCCGGGAGACUGCAUGUAUGCGGGCAGAAAGAGGAGGAAGCCCGUCCAAAAACAGAAGCCGUCUUCUGCCAAUGAGAAAACCAACCCGUCCAAGCGGCACAGAGACAGGCUGAAUGCUGAGCUGGACCGGCUGGCCAGCCUGCUGCCGUUCCCCCCGGAUGUCAUCUCCAAGCUGGACAAGCUGUCCGUGCUGCGCCUGGCAGUUUCCUACCUUCGCGUCAAGAGUUUCUUCCAAGCGAACCAAGAGAAGACCUCCAGGAAGCACAUCAUCAGCACAGCAUCCUCUAACCCUGAACCCAGGAAAGAGAGCCUUCCACUGGGCACCACGGUCAAUGAAAGCAGCCUCCUCCUGGAAUCUCUGACAGGCUUUGCCUUGGUGGUGAGCGGCGAUGGGAUGGUCUUUUAUGCCUCGUCAACUAUUGUGGACUAUCUGGGAUUUCAUCAGACUGACGUGAUGCACCAGAAUGUGUUUGACUACAUUCACAUAGACGACCGUCAGGAGUUCAGACGCCAGCUCCACUGGGCCAUGUGUCCUCCGCAGCACCAGGGGACGUCAGCACAUCAGGAUAACCAGCUAGCUGCAGGGAGUGGUGAGGACUUUGUAGUGAACAGCCUGUUCCAUUCUCCGGAGGCGGGGGGAAUUCCUCCUGAGCUCUCCUGCUUUCUCAACAGAUGCUUCAUUGCCAGAGUCCGAUGCCUUUUGGACAGCACCUCUGGAUUCUUGACUAUGCAGUUCCAGGGACGGCUGAAGUUCCUCCACGGUCAGAAAAAGAAAUCGGCCUCCGGGGCUCUGAUGCCUCCCCAGCUGGCUCUAUUCUGCAUAGGUGUACCCCUCCUACUGCCCUCCAUCACUGAGAUGAAAAUGAAGAACAUGUUAAUGCGGGGAAAAAACAAGGGAGGAGGAGGAGGGAUUAUCGCUGCACUGGAGCAUGGUGAGCGAGGGGAACACCUCCGGAGGCACUCCUUCAGUGGAGGAAUGGGUGACAUUGCAGACCCUCUUCUCCUCUCCUGUCCCACUCCUGGCGCUACCCAGCGAGGUCACCACACUCCCUGGACCCCGCUCUCCAAAGACAACCUCAAGUACCGCCCUGAUGGUUACUACAACCAGGAGGAGCCCCUCAACUACUGCAAGUCCUCCAUGGCUCCCCAUAAAGGUGUCAGCCCAGGCCUGGGCGGCAGCUGGCCUCUGCGACCGAACUCAGGUCCCCUCAGAGCGGGCCAGGGUGUCGGCUACAUCCCUUCUAACCGCUUGAACAAGGCUGGCCAGUACGGGAAGCCAUACCGCCUUUCCCCCAGCUGCCACAGCGGCAGAGGUGGCGAGGUGUUUGUCUCUAAACUCUACGGGAACGUCCAGAUUCCCACAGACCCAGAUGCCUACUGCGUGGACCUGGUGAAGAGCGAGACCGGCUACGGAGAAUGCUACGAUGGCCAUCUGAUGCCCGAGAUGGCACCCAUCAAGGUGGAGCACGACUCAGACUCUGAGAACGGCUGCGAUGCCUACGGGCGACCCUGGGCUUGCUGCGACCCGGAAACCAUCGACCGUCGCUAUGGUAACGGGGUAUACGACCAGAGCUCAGGCCUCCAUCUCAAGUCAGAGGCAGAUUAUUAUGAUCCGCAGUACUCGCCCUGUCAGCGAGGGAAAGCAGGAAUCAGCCCACCAUACAACAAUGGCAACUAUCAGAACUAUGCAGUCAACAACAGCGGGAACACACCCGGACGUCUGUUAAAGUGUGACAAAGCCUUUGGCAAAAACAAUGACAACACCCAGUUUAGUCCUCAGAGACUCUCUCACUCGGACUCUCUAUGCAGCAACCAGUCUGUCAGCCUCAUGGACUCACACGUCUAUCCACAGGACCCUCACAAGGCCUACAUGCACCCGGACUACAACAAGCAUGGCACUUAUGAGUUCAAAGGUCAUGGCCUGAUCCAUUCGAUCAAGCGAGAGCCCAUGGACUCCCCACCGUGGCCCGAGAGCGGUCAUGACAUAAGCCAGUCCAUGAUGGUUGGUCAAAGGAACGUUAUGCCAUGUGUGAUGAGCACAGGGCCCCACAAGUCCAGUCCCUACAUUUAUAUGCCGUAAGAGUGAUUGGUGCAAACACAUCAGCAGAUAAUCCUGUCCCCAAACCCCACCACACACACACACACACACACACACACACACACACACACACACACACACACAAACAGUCAAUGUGCAUUAAAGUACUUUGUAUUGUGCCACAUGCACCAGCAUUACAGUCUUUGAUUACAAGGAUUCCCAGGAUGUCAACAUUUAAAUUACUUCUUCUAUUUGAUGAAGAGGUCACAAACAAGGCUCAGGUUCUAGUGUUAGUGUUGUGACAAUCAAAAGUAAUACUUUUAAUCCAGUUUAUGGAUAGAUGAUUUAAUUUUUAAGGAAUACAUUUUGUAGUUGGUUCCAAGCACUUUUGGAUUUAGUGACAAUGAGACAAAUGAUGUCUAGAAACACAGUUUCAUUUUGUUUUAUGUGUUGUGUACGCGUGGCUUUUGUGGAAAAGAUUUUGCUGUAAAAAGAGACUUUUUAAAAAAAAAAAAAAAAACUUUGUAUACAGGAGAUGACUUACACCUGCUGCUCGUCUUAUCGAGGGAGAUGGCUGAUUAUGAGAGCACACUUAGGAGUCAGUGAUAACAACGUAAAAGAUAAUCUGCCUUGGUGGUUUUCCAUGUUGUAAUGCUUUAACUAUAAAUCGCUACCUUUUUCAUUGCUGCCUCCACUGAUGUAUGAUGGAAACUACUGGUUUCUAUACAUUUCAGAGAGACUUGAAACUUAAUCAUUUGCAGUAAAAAAUAGUUUGGUCAAAGUUACAUAGCAAGAUAACACAUUUGCAACCAGGGUCUGUUUUGAAAACACACAUCAUUCAUGCAGUCAAGGACUCUGAUAUCUAAUACUGGGCAGCUGCGGAAAAGCAGUGUUUAAUGCAUGACACAACCAAAUUCACAUUAUCUUUUUCACAACAUCCCUGUUUACUCACUGUUUGUGUUCUGAAUUAGAUUUUCCAAGAGCAUAGCUUUACAAUGCAAUGCUUUUGUUAGAGCAUCCGUGAAUUCACCAUUAAGGACCAUUUUGGGUUUUUUUUUUUGGUUUUUAUUUUUAUGAUUUCUCCUUGCAAAUGCAGAAUCCUUUGGAAAACUUGACAGUAAUGUAAAGUAUAUGCAAUUUGUAGUUAAUGGACCAAAACAUGUAAAAACUAUCAGUAUGGCCAAAGCUUUAAGUAUAAACAGCCUGAUUAUACACAUAAGAACAUUAUAUAAGGGGGCACAGUAAGAGAAACAAACCCUUAACCACAAACCAUCGGUUCAAGCAUGUGUCCUGCUGAAGGGUCCUUGAGCAAGGUACUCAUUACUAACAAGUUCUGCAGGUGCCGCUCUGUCCGUGCUCCUUGGCUCUGACCUCCUUGUGGAAGGGAUAAAAGGAAAAGUGAAAUUCAGGGUGCACAAUAAAAAGCAUAAGGAGGGUGAUGGCAAAGCCCAUUUAAAAUUAAGUCACAAUUAGCAUUUAACAGCAUUAUUUACAUGAAAAGUGAAAACAACUAAACUGAGAUCACACUAGAAUUGCCCUUUAAAUUGCAACCUAAGAUGAACUUGGACCUAAGAAAGAUAGUCUGCACUGAUUAAAUGACUAUAUUAAUUAUUAGUUGAAAAUUUGUUUGGACAAAGUAGAAGUGUUUGAACUGAAGGUAAAGAAGGCAGUCUAUUGUUAAAAGGUUCAAUGUUGAUUCUUCUUUCAAUAUGCACAGUAAUUUUGUAAUAUUAAGUCAUGAAACUCCUAUUGAACAUACAAAUAAUAUUAAUUUAUGUCAAAUGUUAUUUUAUGUCAAAGCUAAUGUUGUACAGUGCGAAUUAGUUUUCAUGGCAAGAUCAGGAUUUCGAUACAGCCUAUCUCACGGCAGAUAACACACUUUUCCUUUGAAAUUAAUAUACACUUUUCAUGUUGUCUUUUCAGUCCGAAAACAUCAGACAUUGUCUUCACAAUCAGUAUUUUUGCACAAAGUUAUUAAAAGCACCAAAUUGAUUCAAUGUCAGAGUCUCAGUUCUGUGAAGCUACCGUGGUAGUUUCUAAAUUGCACUACUGGGAGUAGUUCAGUUGAAGUUCAUCCUAGCCAGACAAGUUUUUGAGUCGACACGCACAACUGUACAUGGUGUCACUGUUUUGAAUUUGUCUUUUUCUCUUUGUGUGUGUUCAUUUCAAUUAAUGUUUGAUGAUUCGUAUUUAUUGUAAGGCAAAAGUGCAUAAUUUAAAAACUACAGUUUUGAAGGCUUUUCUGUUUCACUUUUUUUUCUUGCUAUAAUUUUGAUAAUUGUUAAAAAGACUAUCAUACUUGUCUCAUGGAGGAGGUAGCUGCAAGGUAGCGAACACAGUGUACAUAUGCAGUGUCUUCCAAUGUUUCUAUGUGUUUUUGCAAAUGGGACUUAUCGAUUAAAAUACUUUUCUUUAUAUGGAAAA